AUGGGAGCAAAUAUGUGUAUCCUCCAUAGAAAGAAAUAUGAUGAAAACUAUAGUACGCAUAUUCCCAAAUCUUCAAACAAAAAAGCGUAUGCAGAACAACCAAAACCGAGAAUAAAGAAAUUAGAUGAAAAAAAAAACGCUAAUACUGAAGAAUUAAAAAAAAAUCAGAAAAAAGAAAUAAAUGAUAAACAAAUUUUAAAAAAUCGUAAAGUUAUAAAUGAUAACAAUUCGCCGAUUCCCAAUAUUAACACAUCUUCAACAUCAUCCGAAUCAGCAACAUCAUCCGAAUCAGCAACGUCGUCAGAAUCAGCAACGUCGUCAGAAUCGGCAACAUCGUCAGAAUCGGCAACAUCGUCAAUUAAUGUGUUAAUAAGUAAUGCGAUUGAAAAUAAUGUGCGCAAAAUAAAUACAAUCAAUUCUAAAGAUAACGAUGUAAAUGGAAUAAAAAAUUCGGGUAGAAGGUCUCGAAGUAUUCCCAACGUUAUAGUUGAUAAGAAUAUAAUUCGAACUAAGAAUACAUCAUUCUUUGGUGUUUUGCGUGCAAAUACUAGUUCAAGCAAUAUACCAAAACUUACAAAUGAAAAAAAUUUGUAUAAACUAAAAAAAGAAAAAAAAAAUGAAUCACAAGAUACUAUUUUUGAUAAUUUGUUUGCAGAGGCUUAUGAUAUUCAUUCUGGUAACAAUAUUGUUGCAUUGGAUGGAACGAAAGCAAAGGAUGGGAAAAUAAUACCUAUUGAAAAUGACGAAGACUCCAAUCAAGCCAAUAAUAAGGAAAGAGUUUUAAAUAGUGAUGUAAAAAAUAAGGAAAUAGAAAAAAAAAAAAAUAAUAUACGAACCGAUAAAAUUGCAAAAAACAUCGAAUAUUUUAAAACUGUGAAAUAUCCCAAACUCAUGAGCAAUGGAAAAACCAAAAACAAUAUAAAUGUGUCAAAAUCUUUAGGAAAAUCAAUAUAUACAAAUAAAAAAAGAGAAUGUAUGCCACCAUUACGAUCCAAUUCUAGUUAUUUCAACACAAGUGGGGUGAUAAUAUAUCAUUAA